AUGGAGGAACCAAGUGAACUAUCGAUAAGAGAAAUACAUGCUUACUUUCUCAAAAAUAAUUGUAAAGUGACAAACACACAAUUGGUUAAAUAUUUUCGCAAAUUUCUUACUGGAAGUCAAAUUAAAAAAAGAAAAUUGAAUCAUCAAAAUAUAAAUAGUUCAAUAUUUGUGUUAUUAAAAUAUUCCACUGAUUGCAAUGAUCGAAACUUGAAUGAGUUUAGAUGCAAAAAACCACUUGUUGCUCUAUUUGCAGUGUUCGUUAUUCUUAAAUAUAUCUAUUUAUUGAUAAAUACAAAUAAUAACUGUGUUCUAAACUUCCACAAAAUAGAUGAAGCAAGAAAACAGUUCAAAACAUAUGUGAACGUGUUAGCGACCAUCAAGAGCGAGGGAAAUGAAAAAUAUUUGAUUUUACGCAAAAAAUAUUACAAUGAGUUACCUUCGGAUGAUUACAUGUCGGAUGCAAGUGCCUGUAUGAGUCCUGUCAGCAUGAUGUCGAUGUCAUCUGAUUUUGGAGAUUCGCCAAGCCGUAUACCGCCGCCAUAUCGUCAGCCACCACAAUUUCCGACUACUCCUCCAAUAAAUCAAUCUGUUCCUCCAUCAAUGACAACUGUAGGGCUUCCGAUUGUUGAGCCACAAGCAAAAGUUCAAUAUAAAGAAUGUGUUAAUGAGUUCCAACAAGUGAUGUCAAAUUUUCUCGAUCAAAAUCGUGUCGAUGUUACAAGCCGUAAAAACAGUUUUGAGCAAAUCAUUGAAGAUCAGACGCCACCAAGUUUACCACCACGAAAACGGAGUAGUGUGGAUCAUCGAUCAAUCAGUCGGGAAAAUUCUGUCGAACAUUCAAUAAAAGAUGACAACAAUAAGGAGAAUUGCCAAGUAUUCGAUUCAGUUCCUGCAUUGCCAACGGAAACAGACGAAAAUAAAAUUAGCGUGAAAGAAGCCAUGAUGAAAUUCAAUCGUUAUGCCUCCGAAGAAGAGGCAAAGAUUCCAUCACCAUUGAGUAAAGCUAAUAAGAAAACAGAAAAGAUAUUGCCAACCACGCUACAAACUUUGCCUGAAUGA